AUGGCGGGCUCUCAAUCGUCCAUCGUAGCUUGGAUCAAGCAUCCAUUUGUUCAGUCCUUCACGUGGAUGUAUCUCAUCUUACAGGCGGUACUCAGAUUCGUCUUCUCGCCCGCCCCUCCUCCUCCAUCGAAUCAAAAUCAAAAUCUCCCCCGAAAGCGAGUCGCCGUCAUUGGUGCAGGCCUCACUGGUGUCUCAUCUGCGGCGCACUGCGUCGGCCAUGGCUUUGACGUGCAAAUCUUUGAGGCCAGGUCCAAGGACCGUGGUCUUGGUGGGAUCUGGAGUCGGGUCAACUCUACCUCUGCGCUCCAGGUGCACAGCUUGAUGUACCGUUUCCACCCUUCCGUCCACUUUGACAGUGCAUAUCCGUCUCAACAGCAAAUCAAGGACCAAAUUGUGCAGCUCUGGAAACGCUAUGAUUUGGAAAGACGGACCGUGUUCGAUACCAAGGUGACCUCGGUCAAAAAGACCAAGAACGGUCAAUGGAUCAUCAAUGACGACGAGGAACAAUAUGGCCGUUUCGACGGGGUUCUGACCGCCGUGGGCGUCUGCGGUGAUCCCAAGGCGCCCACUUUGCCCGACCAGGACAAGUUUAAGGGUCAAAUCUUCCAUUCUUCCGAGUUGGAUGGCAAGGACGCCAAGGGCAAGAAGAUUUUGAUCGUUGGUGGAGGUGCGAGUGCCAUCGAGGCCCUGGAAUUCGCAGUCAAGUCAGGCGCCGCAGAAAUUGAUGUCUUGUCUCGUUCCGAUAAAUGGGUUAUCCCUCGAAAUGUUCUGGUGCAGUCCCUGCUCGCUUUCAACAUCUUCGGUCAGGAGACAUCUUUGUCCUGGAUUCCUGAAGGGUUGCUUCGCAAGUUUUUCUAUCGUGACCUGCAGGACAUUGCUCCAACCGACGAUGGGAUUUUCACGCAAACCCCAAUGGCCAACUCCGAACUCUUUGAUCAGAUUCGCGAGGGAAAGGCUCACUGGCUUCGGGGUGAUAUUGUGUCCGUGGAAGAGAAGGGCAUCAUGUUCAAUCAUCGAUCCAAGGGUGUCCCCAAAGGCGGACCGGGCAAGGAGCGUUUGGUCGAGGGAGAUAUUAUUGUCAUGGCGACGGGUUUCAAGCGGCCGUCACUCAACUUCCUACCCGAUGAAGUGUUUGAGGAGCCUUACAGUCCUCCAGACUGGUACCUCCAGGUCUUCCCGCCCAAAUAUCCGGACAUUUGCGCCAACAACAGUACCUAUGUGAAUGCGAUUGGUACUGUGGGCAACAUGCACAUUGGCAUCUACACACGCUUCCUCAUCAUGUUCUUGACCGAUCCCCUGACUCGCCCUACGGAGCAGCGCAUGAAAACCUGGAUCGAUUUCACGCGCUUCAUGAAGCAGUUCGCACCUACCCGGGCAUUUGACUUCUUCACCUAUGCUGAGCUGAUCUACUGGUAUGUGUUUGUGCUGUUGGUGAACCCCUUCCGGUGGAAAUGGGCUCUGUUUGUCUUCUUCGGACUGGGACGAGCAUUACCUUUGAUGGUGGUCGAACAAGAGGAACGGUUCCGUAAUGAGUUGAAGCGGCAGCACAAGAUCGACAGGGCCGACAAGGGAGCGAAGGGAGAGAAGGGCGAGUGA